UUUUGGCGUCUGCCCUCGCUACCCUCUGCACAACCAAAUCGCGAUAUCUGCAGGUCCUGUGAUGGGGUCUAAUAAUACCAGCAAAUUCUGUUCAAAAUCCAAGCCCUAACUAAUAACAGUAUAAAUCAGAUUCAUAAUCAAACGUUAUAUACAGCAUGCAGCACAAGAGAUUCUUUGUGCUUGGUAACCCCUGCUCCGCAGACAAUGUAUCGACCAUGAUUGGCCGUGUCGUCGGUGACAUUUACGAGCCGCUCAAUGAGUAUGCGCCGUGGCAGCAAGACGCGAGAAAGAUACUAGAGGCCAUUCUUCCGGUCCCUCAAGUUUCGACUCAGCGAAAGGAGUGCCUCGAGUUCGCAUCAAGUCCGGGAGCCUACGCGAAGCUGAGCAAGUUCUUGCGCAUAGAUGGAGAAAGACAGUCCAAGGACAGUACAACAUUGACUUCAGAUAUGAUUAAGCAAUACACACUGGAAAACCCAGCGAAACACUUCCAGGCGCUAAUGCAAAACUCUCUCUAUGCUACGGACGUUUCGGAGCUUCUAAGGGAGAAACACGGACACAGAGGAUAUCUCAUCACUGGGUUCCUAACUGCAACCAACAGUGUAUGGGAGAGUAGCCAAUCAGUCAACAACAAACAUCACGUCGGUGUGACAGUACCUGUAGCAGAAGCGCUGGGUGUCCCCGUGCCUGUCCUAGAUGUAGGCGCUGGGGUCUCAUUUGGGGACAAAAAGACACAUCAUUCAUCCAAAGCCGUUACAGAGGAGGAGAUAUUUGCGGUUGCAUACAACGUAGUGCAUCUGAAACGAACAAAGAUAGGCUUGGAUUCAGCACGGAAGCCGAUCGUGGGAGACAUCGUGUGGGCAAAGAAAAAGCACGCAGCCCUCUCACCAGAGAAAGCCAGGCAAGCUUCUAGCGCACAAGACACAGAUGAAGAAAGCGAAGAUGAUUAUGAUGGAGAGGAGAGCGAUUUAGAGGAGAUCAUUCUUGACUUUGAGGCAGAACCUCUGACGGGGGCGUUCGACGACGUGUUGGAAAUGCCGUACCAAGGCACAGGCAUAUCAAAGCUAGACAUAGAGACAGAAGCGCACAACGAUGAAAGAAGCGAGUUACCAAAGGGGUCCGAACCAUAGCUAUAAUCACAUUGUUCAAAUAUCUUUACUUUAAUUUUCUAUUUGCAUUCAAUGCUUCAUCCAAGAUUACUCUUUUUUCU